AUGAGCCAGUUUGUGCCCGGUCGUGGCAUAUACACGGAUAUUAAGACACGUCUGAUUCCAUACUACGUCUCAGAUAUCACAGACGGUUUCACGUAUCGCGUCAUACCGGCCGCCGUGUACAUCUUUUUCACAAAUCUUCUGCCGGCCAUGGCUUUUGCGCAGGACAUGUACGACCACGCUAACAGAUCGUACGGCACCAACGAGGUGCUGCUGUCGUCAGCAAUGGCUGGCAUAAUUUUCGGUCUUUUUUCAGGCACUCCUCUGUGCAUUGUUGGAGUGACUGGCCCAAUAUCCAUCUUCAACUAUACAGUCUACAACCUGAUGGUGCCUCGAGGAACGCCGUAUUUCCAGUUCAUGUGCUGGAUCUGUCUGUGGAGCAUGGUUUUGCAUUUUUUGGUGGCCAUCACCAACAGCGUGAAUUUCAUGCGCUAUGUCACCAAAUACAGCUGUAUCUCUUUCGGUCUGUUUAUCAACAUCGUCUACAUCCAGAAAGGAAUUCAGAUCCUGACACACCAGUUCACAAUCAGGGACGAUCUCAGCGGUUUUGCGUCGAUAGUCGUGGCCCUGGUGAUGGCUCUCUUUGGACUGGCCGCACAUUUCUUUGGCACUAAGUCGCACUACGUUCAUCCGCUCUUCCGCAAAUUCGUGAAAGAUUACGGCACUCCACUAAGCGUGGUGUUUUUCACAGGCUUUAUCCAUUUUGGAGGCCGUCUAAAAUACGUUGAUUUCGCCAGGCUGCCGAUCACUCGCUCGUUUCGUCCUACGUCGCCAGACCGUCCUGAAAGCUGGUACAUUCCCUUCUGGCAAGAUAUAUCCGUGGGCGAUGUGUUUUUGGCCCUGCCGUUCGGCAUCCUGCUCACCAUUUUGUUCUACUUUGAUCACAAUGUCUCCUCCCUGAUGUGUCAGUCAGACGAGUUUCCGUUAAGAAAACCGAGCUCGUUCCACUACGACUUCAUGUUGCUUGGGUUUACCACAGGAAUCGCUGGAAUUCUGGGAAUCCCGGCCCCGAACGGCCUUAUUCCUCAGGCUCCCAUGCACACAGAGGCGCUUUGCGUCCACGAGCACGAUUAUGCUACCGGCAAAGAUAGAGUGGUUCGAGUGGUCGAACAACGACUCAGCAAUAUGAUACAGGGCCUUCUGACACUGGUAAUGAUGACCAGGCCCUUUCUGGUGGUUUUGGGCCAGAUUCCUCAAGCUGUUCUUGCCGGGCUGUUCUUCAUCAUGGCAAUUGGAGCUUUGAAUGAGAACGAGGUUGUGCAGAAACUCCGAUUUCUUUUCACAGACCCUGCCUCAAGGGAAAACAUGGGUUUCCCCCGCCAUUACUUUCUGCUCGAGCGCAAAUGGUUUCUCAUAUUUCUGGCUUUGCAACUGGCAGCCUUUGGCUUUGAGUUUGGAAUCACGUGCACAAAGGGCGCCAUAGGGUUUCCUGGCGUCCUGAUGCUCUUUAUGAUUCUUGCAAUCUACUUUCCGACAUUCAUUCCGCCGGACCAGCUGAGAAUGCUUGAUUCCCAGGCUGCGGACGACCUAAUUCUGAAAAGCCUUAAAUUCGAGAAAAAUGAAUAG